UUUUAGCAUGGCUAAGAAACGGAAACUUGAAACUGUGGGACAUCCAUCUCCACCGAGAAGAAAUACAAGAGCAGCUUCUAAAUCAGAUUUGGGAGGUUGUGGUGCUGGUGGGCCCUCACAAACACAGCGUGCUAGUGAUGCUGCCCUCUCGCCGAAGAGAGUCACUAGAGCAAGCUGCAGGGAUAUCAAGGGAAUGCCGGAUCAAGAUGUGGAAAACAAGAGGCGCAAGAAAAGCAUCAUCAUGGGCGAUGAAGUAAAGCAGAAAUCAAAAGGAAAAGAGGCGGUGGAGGAAUGCCACACAAUCAAGAAGCAACCAGAUAAGGACUUGAGGAAAAAGGGAUCAGCUAGGAGGUUGAUACUUAUUAACAGCACACUAGAAGAUCCUCAGAAAAAGGAGAUCGAACGAGUCGGUUUUGGGGGGCUGCUUCUAGUUCAAUGUUGGUCAGUCCCAGAGAAGCUAUCUUCCUGGCUCAUCAAGAGAUUUGAUGUCACAAGAUCCGACAGAAUAAAAGUUGAUGACCACGCUGUCCACAGGAUCCCGGGGCUCCCAAUGGUUGGAGAGCACAUCGAUUAUGCAAAGAACAGCUUUGCUGACACAAAUGAAGAAUUUUACAAAAUAUAG